CCUAGUUGUAAAGGAACUAGUCUCACAAUGUGCAUACACCUUUCAAUACCUACAUUCAACCUAUAGUUAACUAUCUUUAUACAUACAUGGCAGAGAAGGUGUAACUACCUAUAAUUGUUCUUUCACACAUAUACUCAAUAUUGGCAAAUAUGAAAGGAAACUAUACCUAAAAGCAUAUCUAUUCAUGUGCUUCGCAGCUAAAGACUUCUCGGUAUCUUGAUCCUUUUUACUUUAGGUUAAGUAAAUAUUACAAAGGCCUACGUUUGCUUAUACAUAUUCAUACACGGCUUUUCAACAACUGUUUUCUCGAGGCGUAGCAAUCGCUCAGCGAGUUCAUCGUAUUGAUAUUAUAUUUUUGAUUCAUUAGGUUUAGGUACCUAACUCUUAAUUAACUACCUAACUUAAUAUAGACCAUAUCGACACGGGUGUGGUAUCAUCGUAUACAAGAAUAGGUAUAUUCGCCGUCACGAUGGUCCGAAUACAGAUCAUGUCAGACCUCCACUUGGAGCUCGACGAGGCUUAUGGACGUUUCAAUAUCCCUCCGGAAGCACCGUACCUAGCACUUCUAGGAGAUCUCGGCAACUUCGCCUUCCACGGUAUGCAAUACGCGGAAUUCAUCGAGCGCCAUCUCCUCCAGUUCAAAGCCAUCUUCUACGUACUUGGCCCUAAGGAGGUAAAUGGAUUAUCCUAGGAGGUGGCCAAAACAGCGGUCGAGAAGUUUCGCCAUAACGUACAAAUGAGAAGGAAAAUCCCAGGUUCGAAAUUGGGAGAUUUCAUUUUCCUCGACAAUAGCAGAUAUGACAUACCCAACGAAAAGGUUACUAUCCUCGGAGCAACGCUGUUCACUAAUCCACCUCGUGGUCAACGACACUGCACCGAUGCUUAUUAUCGAAACGAUCUACUGACUAACUACGAUAGUCGAAAACAGAUGUCCGCCCAUUUCGACACCAUGUCCUACUUAUCGCAUGAAGUUGCAGCACUUGCACGCGAAGACCCUAGACGCUCUAUCAUCAUCCUCACACACCACUGUCCAACCAUAAAUGCCGAAGCUGUAGGGCAACCUCCCGUGGUAGAUCGUGGGGGCAUGAAGUACCGAUACGCGUCCGACUGUACGAAUGAGCAUCCGUGGAUUGAAGCAGAUACCGUGAAGCUGUGGGCCUUUGGCAGCACACACUAUAACUGCGAUUAUGUCGAUGAGAAGACAAAAAAGCGAGUCUAUAGCAAUC